GCUGCUGGACGGCGACAUAUCUAUCAUGUCACUACCCAAGAGUCUACUGACUGCGCAUUGGAUUUAAUUUCUUGACUAUCACAAUGAAAUAAUACUCCACUUCGUGUGGACUGAUUGGAAGGCUACUGGGGCCUUCAACCGGUUGGACUAAGCUCUAUCAAACCUGUGUGGAAAAAAGGGAGAAAGGAAAAGUUACGUCUUAAGAACCAGGAGUUUCUUGAAAGGGGAAGAAACUCAUUUCGACUCUUAGCCGAUUGAUGUGUCGAAUAUUAUGUCACCCAAGUCCUAUUCUAGAUUGAGUGUCCUACUUUCUAGUUUUGGGGCAAAGUAUACUCAAUCUCAGGCGCAAUGGUUCAUCUAUCCAAGUGGCCGCAAGAGAACUGCAGCGAUACCCGACCGAGAGUGGUAUGUAGUUAAGCUUGGCGACUCGAGUCAUCUGGUUCACGACAAGGGGGUGUGAAAUGAAUGUUUGUGCGUUGUUGGGUUUGCGAAUAUGGGUGACGAUGGCGGCUGCUGCGUUCGUUCGAUAUGUAGGUAACACAAGAACUAUUAGUCACUCAGAUGCGGUCCAGCACAGAGCCUUGGGACAUCAACGGGAUUGUGGUCCUCGGUCUGGAUUUGGGGUACAGAUACUGCCACGCCGUCAUCCCCGGACUCAGGGUGCACGCAUGGCAUCCCGAUGCCCGCUCCACAACGGAGCCGGGUGUGGUUGGCUAAUUGCCGGCUCGAGGGGCCGGAUAUUCGGUCAAUUCAGAUGUAUCAGAUUCAGAUGUACACGACUGUAGAAGUAGAGGACUGGGAUGGUUCAGUCCUUAACAAACCACGGCUGUCCAGAGAUCCCUGCACAUUUGCUGCGUACUUGUAGGCGGAUUGCUGAUGCACUGGACACUCGCCGUUGUCUCCCUGUCGGCUGAGCCGACGUGUCCAAACUCUCAAGCUGCAGAUGCGACACAAAAGUGAGAAUAUAACAUGGGGCAGCGGGUAUGCUAUCCUGGAUCCGAGGCGAUUGUUGAGUGAGUAGAGAAGUAUUAUGCUCAGAUGCCGCAGUCAGAGUCGCCUGCCUGCAGAGCCCCGAUGCGCUGAAUGAGAACCGAGCGUGGCUAGGUAAAGCAAGUACCUAAGAAACUGGCAGUGCGAGGAGGCUGGUAUUACUUGGUCGGUUUGGCCCAGAUCGGAUUGUUGGAUUGAUGAGAACGUCAACCAGAUCAUGAAGAUGUUGCAUCUAAUCAAAGACAGACUGAGAAGAGGGCAACAGUAUCAGAAACCAGACUGUCAAGUAAGCCAUUGAGGGACGAAGGAGGGUUGGUGGUCAAGUGCGCUACAACCUCCAGCUCAGGCGAAGCCUGAGCGAAACGGCGCUGUCGUGAGUUGCA